AUGAGGGGCCUGGCCCACAUCGAUGGGGAUCACAUUGUGGUGUCUGUGCCUGAGGGCAUGCUCCUGUCUGACAUCAUGACGGACGAAGGCAUCCUGCUGGAGCACGGCCUGGAGGUGCAGGGCCUCGAGUCGGAGGUGGAGGUGGAGGUGGAAGGCUUUGGAGCGGGGGUGGUGGAGCUGGAGAGACAGAUGGUCGAGAGCCUCGAGACGGAUGUGGUUGAAGGCCUGGAGGUUGAGGGCCUGGAGGCGGAGGUGGAAGUCGAGGGCCUUGAGGAAGAGGUAGAGGUCCUAGAGGAGUAUCUAGAGACUGAGGUGAUUGAAGGCCCUGAUAUCAGCCACGAGCACUUGCUGGGGGCCGAAGUGGCCAUCGAGGAGGCUCUGGACUCUCACCACCACCACCAUGUUCUAACCUCAGACCUCAUCCAGGGCUCAGUCCACCACCACCACCACCACAUGCCAGACCAGCUUUUUGUGGAGCACCAGGAGGAGGAUGGGGUGGAGGGCUUGGACCAGGAGGUGAUGGUUGGGGAGGAGGUGGGGGAGGAGGAGACUGUGAUCCAGGCCCACGAGGAGCUGCCGGUGGAGGUGGAGGCUGUCUCUCUGCAGACUGACGAGGAUGAGGACGAUGAGAAGAGUACCUCGGAGGACUACCUCAUGAUCUCCUGUGAGUCAACUAGCCCUACAAACAGACUAAUAAGGCUUGAUUUCAUUUAAUGAUUUUCUAUGAUCAAUUAUAUAAAGUGUGGGGUUCUGUAUUUGAAUUAGGGCUGUCCCCGACUGAAAAAAAAUCUUGGUCGACCAAAAGUCGUCUGUUCUUUCGACCAAUCGAUUGCUCCAAAUUUUUAGACACACCCUAUGUGUUUUCAUUAAAUCAACUAUGUGCAUUGAGCUUGUCUGAUACUAUCCAGGUCUGUGCCCAAACAGUUUGAGCUUCUACUUCUAAAAAUCCACCUUUCCAGAAAUAAGUCUCUCACUGUUGCCGCUUGCUACAGACCCCCCUCAGCCCCCAGCUGUGCCCUGAACACCAUAUGUGAAUUGAUUGCCCCCCAUCUAUCCUCAGAGUUCGUAUUGCUUGGUGACCUAAACUGGGAUAUGCUUAACACCCCGGCCAUCCUACAAUCUAAACUAGAUGCCCUCAAUCUCACACAAAUUAUCAAGGAACCUACCAGGUACAACCCUAAAUCCGUAAACAUGGGCACCCUCUUAGAUAUCAUCCUGACUAAUUUACCCUCUAAAUACACCUCCGCUGUCUUCAACCAGGAUCUCAGCGAUCACUGCCUCAUUGCCUGCGUCCGUAAUGGGUCCGCGGUCAAGCCACCACCCCUCAUCACUGUCAAACGCUCCCUGAAACACUUCAGCGAGCAGGCCUUUCUAAUUGACGUGGCCCGUGUAUCCUGGAUGGAUAUUGACCUCAUUCCGUCAGUAGAGGAUGCCUGGUUGUUCUUUAAAAGUGCUUUCCUCUCCAUCUUAAAUAAGCAUGCCCCAUUCAAGAAAUUCAGAACUAAGAACAGAUAUAGCCCCUAGUUCACCCCAGACUUGACUGCCCUUGACCAGCACAAAAACAUCCUGUGGCGUACGGCAUUAGCAUCGAACAGCCCCAGCGAUAUGCAACUUUUCAGGGAAGUCAGGAACCAAUAUACACAAUCAGUUAGGAAAGCAAAGGCUAACUUUUUCAAAGAGAAAUUUGCAUCCUGUAGCACUAACACCAAAAAGUUUUGCGACACUGUAAAGUCCAUGGAGAAUAAGAGCACCUCCUCCCAGCUGUCCACUGCACUGAGGCAGGAAACACUGUCACUACCGAUAAAUCUACGAUAAUCGAACAUUUCAACAACCCUUUCUUUCUAAAAUUAGCCGCCGAAAUUGUCGCAACCCCUAUCACCAGCCAGUUCAACGUCUCUUUCGUAUCGUCUGAGAUCCCCAGAGAUUGGAAAGCUGCCGUGGUCAUCCCCCUCUUCAAAGGGGGUGACACUCUAGAUCCAAACUGUUACAGACCCAUAUCCAUCCUGCCCUGCCUUUCGAAAGUAAUUGAAAGCCAAGUUAACAAACAGAUCACCGACCAUUUAGAAUCCCACCGUACCUUCUCCGCUAUGCAAUCUGGUUUCAGAGCUGGUCAUGGGUGUACCUCAGCCACGCUCAAGGUCCUAAACGAUAUAAUAACCGUGAUCGAUAAAAGACAGUACUGUGCAGCCGUCUUCAUCGACCUGGCCAAGGCUUUUGACUCUGUCAAUCACUGCAUUCUUAUUAGCAGACUUAAUAGCCUUGGUUUCUCAAAUGACUGCCUCGCCUUGUUCACCAACUACUUCUCAGAUAGAGUUCAAUGUGUCAAAUCGGAGGGCCUGUUGUCUGGGCCUCUGGCAGUCUCUAUGGGGGUGCCACAGGGUUCAAAUCUCGGGCCGACUCUAUUCUCUGUGUAUAUCAAUGAUGUCGCUCUUGCUGCUGGUGACUCUCAGAUCCACCUCUACGCAGACGACACCAUUUUGUAUACAUCUGGCCCUUCAUUGGACACUGUGUUAACAAACCUCCAAAUGAGCUUCAAUGCCAUACAACACUCCUUCCGUGGCCUCCAACUGCUCCUAAACGCUAGUAAAACUAAAUGCAUGCUCUUCAAUCGAACGCUGCUUGCACCCGCCUGCCUGACUAGAAUCACUACUCUCGGCGGCUCUGACUUAGAAUAUGUGGACAACUACAAAUACCUAGGUGUCUGGUUAGACUGUAAACUCUCCUUCCAGACUCACAUUAAGCAUCUCCAAUCCAAAGUUAAAUCUAGAAUCGGCUUCCUAUUUCGCCACAAAGCCUCCUUCACUCAUGCUGCUAAACAUGCCCUCGUAAAACUGACUAUCCUACCAUUUAAUUUUUUUUAAUUUACGUCAUUUAGCAGACGCUCUUAUCCAGCUCUUAGUGGGUUCGAUCCCCGGGACCACCCAUACGUAAAAAUGUAUGCACACAUGACUGUAAGUCGCUUUGGAUAAAAGCAUCUGCUAAAUGGCAUAUUAUAUUAUAUUAUCCAGAGCGACUUAGUUAGUGAGUGCAUACAUUAUUUUUUUAUUUUUCAUACUGGCCCCCCGUGGGAAUCGAACCCACAACCCUGGCGUUGCAAACGCCAUGCUGUACCAACUGAGCUACAUCCCUGCCGGCCAUUCCCUCCCCUACCCUGGACGACGCUGGGCCAAUUGUGCGCCGCCCCAUGGGUCUCCCGGUCACAGCCGGCUACGACAGAGCCUGGAUUCGAACCAGGAUCUCUAGUGGCACAGCUAGCACUGCAAUACAGUGCCUUAGACCACUGCGCCACUCGGGAGUGGGAUCCUUGACUUCGGCGAUAUCAUUUACAAAAUAGCUUCCAACACUCUACUCAGCAAAUUGGAUGUAGUCUAUCACAGUGCCAUCCGUUUUGUCACCAAAGCCCCAUAUACUACCCACCAUUGUGACCUGUACGCUCUCGUUGGCUGGCCCUCACUACAUAUUCGUCGCCAAACCCACUGGCUCCAGGUCAUCUAUAAAGCCCUUCUAGGCAAAUCCCCGCCAUAUCUUAGCUCAUUGGUCACCAUAGCAACACCCACCCGUAGUAUGCGUUCCAGCAGGUAUAUCUCACUGGUCAUCCCCAAAGCCAACACCUCCUUUGGUCGCCAUUCCUUCCAGUUCUCUGCUGCAAGUGACUGGAACGAACUGCUAAAAUCUCUGAAGCUGGAGACGCUUAUCUCCCUCACUGUCUUUAAGCGUCAGUUGUCAGAGCAGCUUACCGAUCACUGCACCUGUACACAGCCCAUCUGUAAUUAGCCCACCCAACUACCUCAUCCCCAUAUUGUUAUUUACAUUGUAAUUUAUUUUGGUCAUUUGCACCCCAGUAUCUCUAUUUGCACAUCUUCUUCUGCACAUCUAUCACUCCAGUGUUAACACUAAAUUAUAAUUGUAAUUAUUUUGCACUAUGGCCUAUUUAUUGCCUUACCUCCAUAACUUACUACAUUUGCACACACUGUAUGUAGAUUUUCUAUUGUGUUAUUGACUGUACGUUUUGUUUAUUCCAUAUGUAACUCUGUGUUGUUGUAGUUGUUUUUUCCGCACUGCUUUGCUUUAUCUUGGCCAGGUCGCAGUUGUAAAUGAGAACUUGUUCUCAACUGGCUUACCUGGUUAAAUAAAGGUUAAAUAAAAUAAAAUAAAUAAAAAAGCUUACGGUUCGAUGCCUCAAAAGUGCGCCAGAGAUCUAAAUAACCAGAAGGAAAAAACCUUAACCUGACCCAACUAUUCUCCUCCCGCUCCUGCUGGUUUUCACAGAUUCUGCCAUUACUCUCCUCAAGUUGCCGGUAAUAGGCUACACGAGGAGUCGGCAACCUUUCUCAUGUGAAAUGCCAAUUUAUCUUACGAUUUCUACUGAUCUGCGUGCAAGUUAUCGUUUUCAUUUGCACAUUUUCUUGAAACUGUUUCAUUUAAUUAAUAAUAACGUCUUCAUAUCUCAAAAUCAUUGUCAUGUGGUUAAUCAGAAUUCUAUCCAAAUCUAAAUGAAAAUUAUACAAACCUAAAAAGUAACUUCUAUUUCCAUUGCCAACUAUGUAAAAAUAGCCUACACAAAGCCAACAAAUAAAAACAUUGCAGCCUGCAGGUAGAAAAAUCCUGAUUUAAAAAAUAAUUAAUCCUUUAAAUCACAUUGGCUACACAUGGCUUGUCUGCAACAAACUUGAAACAUUGUAUCAACUAUUAACUUGUGUCCUGCCCAAAGCUUGCACUAACGAACUUGCAACAUUGUAUAAAAUAUUCUGGGCCCUCAGUUUCUGCCAGUGAGCUCGGGAAACAGACACAGCUGUAGGCUAUUUGCGCAAGGGAUAAGAAGCAGUGCUUGACUUGGGCAGGAGCUCACCGGAGCUGAGUACCGGCACCUCAAAUGUUCUAUUGCUUGAGCUCCUGUUCCUCUUAUAGAAUAUUAGCUCAAACGUAUUGUGGAGCUCCUGCACCUACAGUUGAAGUCGGAUGUUUACAUACACCUCAGCCAAAUACAUUUAAACUCAGUUUUUCACAAUUCCUGACAUUUAAUCCUAGUAAAAAUUCCCCGUCUUAGGUCAGUUAGGAUCACCACUUUAUUUUAAGAAUGUGAAAUGUCAGAAUAAUAGUACAGAUAAUGAUUUCUUUCAGCUUUUAUUUUUUUCAUCACAUUCCCAGUGGGUCAGAAGUUUACAUACACUCAGUUAGUAUUUGGUAGUAUUGCCUUUAAAUUGUUUAACUUGGGUCAAUCGUUUCAGGUAGCUUCGAACAAUAAGUUGGGUGAAUUUUGGCCCAUUCCUCCUGACAGAGCUGGUGUAACUGAGUCAGGUUUGUAGGCCUCCUUGCUCGCACACGCUUUUUCAGUUCUGCCCACACAUUUUCUAUAGGAUUGAGGUCAGGGCUUUGUGAUAGCCACUCCAAAACCUUGACAUUGAUGUCCUUAAGCCAUUUUGCCACAACUUUGGAAGUAUGCUUGGGGUCAUUGUCCAUUUGGAAGACCCAUUUGCGACCAAGCUUUAACUUCCUGACUGAUGUCUUGAGAUGUUCUUCAAUAUAUCCACAAUUUUCCUUCCUCAUGAUGCCAUCUAUUUUGUGAAGUGCACCAGUCCCUCCUGCAGCAAAGCACCCCUACAGCAUGAUGCUGCCACCCCCCGUGCUUCACGGUUGGGAUGGUGUUCUUCGGCUUGCAAGGCUUCCCCUUUUUCCUCCAAACAUAUCGAUGGUCAUUAUGGCCCAAAAGUUCUAUUUUUGUUUCAUCAGACCAGAGGACAUUUCUCCAAAAAGUACGAUCUUUGUCCUCAUGUGCAGUUGCAAACUGUAGUCUGGCUUUUUUAUGGCGGUUUUGGAGCAGUGGCUUCUUCUUCUUCUGCUGAGCGGCCUUUCAGGUUAUGUUGAUAUAGGACUCGUUUUACUGUGGAUAUACAUACUUUUGUACCUGUUUCCUCCAGCAUUCACAAGGUCCUUUGCUGUUGUUCUGGGAUUGAUUUGCACUUUUUGCACCAAAGUACGUUCAUCUCUAGGAGACAGAACGCAUCUACUUCCUGAGCGGUAUGACAACUGCAUGGUCCCAUGGUGUUUAUACUUGCGUACUAUUGUUUGUACAGAUGAACGUGGUACCUUCAGGCGUUUGGAAAUUGCUCCCAAGGAUGAACCAGACUUGUGGAGGUCUACCAUUUUUUUUCUGUGGUCUUGGCUGAUUUCUUUUGAUUUUCCCAUGAUGUCAAGCAAAGAGGCACUGAGUUUGAAGGUAGGCCUUGAAAUACAUCCACAGGUACACUCAAAUGAUGUCAAUUAGCCUAUCAGAAGCUUCUAAAGCCAUGACAUUAUUUUCUGGAAUUUUCCAAGCUGUUUAAAGGCACAGUCAACUUCGUGUAUGUAAACUUCUGACCCACUGGAAUUGUGAUACAGUGAAUUAUAAGUGAAAUAAUCUGUCUGUAAACAAUUGUUGGGAAAAUUACUUGUCAUGCACAGAGUAGAUGUCCUAACAGACUUGCCAAAACUAUAGUUUGUUAACAAGACAUUUGUGGAGUUGUUGAAAAACUAGUUUUAAUGACUCCACCUAAGUGUAUGUAAACUUCCGACUUUAACUGUAAAUAUAAACAGUACCAUCACCCAAAAUGAGUACUGGAACCUAUUUCAGUCCAAGUCAAGCCUAUUUUAUGACGUUUUCACUGGAUCAGAGCAUGACAUUUUUCACGCUGAGUUGGUUAUCGAAAGGGAGAGAGCUGGAAAUAUUUUUCAAAUACAUUGAGGAACUAUUGUAAUUCUCAAUGGAUGUAAAAAAAAAGACUGAUUGCUUGCUGUUUGAGGUGAAGAAAACAUUACUUUGAGAUGCUCCACAGGUCAUUAGUGGUGGUGCGUUAAGCCAAUCAGAAAUACUAUCAGAUCCCCAAAUGGGCACUUUUUAUAUGUCUACAUUUGCACUCAUGCCAGGUAGCCUAUAGGCCUACUUCUAUGCGUGCGCGUCCUUACUCAACAUUGACACGAGCGCUCCAAACAAAAGACAAUGACUAAAUUGACAGAACUCGUAAAUUGAUUUAAAUAAACCAAAAGUUGUUUCUCACAAGUGUAGCAUAGGUUGUGCACUCUGCAAAUAAUGUGUCCACUCUGACAAUGAGAACAGGAAGACUGGAAUAAUAUUGCCUAGAUUAAAAUAAAUGACCGUAACCAAAGUAACAAACAUUGUAGAUUAAAAAUUAUAGGCAUUAACGGUAAAUGUACUACUGGUGAUAUAUGUAAUGGGGAAUUGAUAAGACACUAACAAUUGAAAGCAAACAAUUCACACAAGUUGAAGUUCUGAAACAAUGUGCACAAAUUGGCGGGAGAGAACGCAUUCUGGAGAGAGACGUGAAUUGUGCUACUGGGUGCAUGGUCAAUCCAAAGUCAGCAUUGGCCAUGCAGCAUUUACAGUGAUUUGGCCUCAGCAGAAGUCAGGGCAUUCAUACUUCUUGUGCUUCGCGGAGCAGUGCAGAGCUGUUGUCAAGGAAGUUAGUUUGUGUUUAUACAGGAUGUACCUACCGUCAACCAAUCAUGUCAAUGCGGAGCUAUACAGAGCCCUCCUCAUUGUUACAACAUUUUGGAGGCGUAUGGCGAUGUGGUACAGAGCUCGAUUUGGCCUCUGCAUGCCUCAGGAGGCUCCGCAAAUACACUACCAGUCAAAAGUUUGAACACACCUACUCAUUCAAGGGUAUUUCUUGAUUUUUACAUUUUUUUUACAUUGUAGAAUAAUAGUGAAGACAUCAAAACUAUGAAAUAACACGGAUGGAAUCAUGUAGUAACCAAAAAAGUGUUAAACAAAUCAAAAUAUAUUUUAAAUUUGAGAUUCUUCAAAUAGCCACCCUUUGCCUUGAUGACAGCUUUGCACACUCUUGGCAUUCUCUCAACCAGCUUCAUGAGGUACUCACUUGGAAUGCAUUUCAAUUAACAGGUGUACCUUCUUAAAAGUUAAUUUGUGGAAUUAAUGCGUUUGAGCCAAUCAGUUGUGUUGUGACAAGGUAGAUAGGUAUACAGAAGAUAGCCCUAUUUGGUAAAAGACCAAGUCCAUAUUAUGGCAAGAACCACUCAAAUAAGCAAAGAGAAACGACAGUCCAUCAUGAAUUUAAGAUAUGAAGGCCAGUUAAUAUGGAAAAUUCCAAGAACUUUGAAAGUUUCUUCAAGUGCAGUCGCAAAAACCAUCAAACGCUAUGAUGAAACUGGCUCUCACGAGGACCACCACAGGAAUGGAAGACCCAGAGUUACCUCUGCUGUAGAGGAUACGUUCAUUAGUUACCAGCCUCAGAAAUUGCAGCCCAAAUAAAUGCUUCACAGAGUUCAAGUAACAGACACAUCUCAACAUCAACUGUUCAGAGGAGACUGUGUGAAUCAGGCCUUCAUGGUCGAAUUGCUGCAACGAAACCACUACUAAAGGACACCAAUAAGAAGAAGAGACCUGCUUGGGCCAAGAAACACGAGCAAUGGAAAUUAGACCGGUGGAAAUGUGUCCUUUGGUCUGGAGUCCAAAUUAGAGAUUUUUGGUUCCACCCGCCGUGUCUUUGUGAGACGUGGUGUGGGUGAACGGAUGAUCUCUGCAUGUGUAUUACCCACCGUAAAGCAUGGAGGAGGAGGUGUUAUGGUGUGGGGGUGCUUUGCUGGUGUCACUGUCUGAUUUAUUUCGAAAUCAAGGCACACUUAACCAGCAUGGCUACCACAGCAUUCUACAGCAAUAUGCCAUCCCAUCUGGUUUGGGCUUAGUGGGACUAUCAUUUGUUUUUCAACAGGACAAUGACCCAACACACCUCCAGGCUGUGUAAGGGCUAUUUUACCAAGAAGGAGAGUGAUGGAGUGCUGCAUCAGAUGACCUGGCCUCCACAAUCCCCCAACCUCAACCAAAUUGAGAUGGUUUGGGAUGAGUCGGACGGCAGAGUGAAGGAAAAGCAGCCAACAAGUGCUCAGCAUAUGUGGGAACUCCUUCAAGACUGUUGGAAAAGCAUUCCAGGUGAAACUGGUUGAGAGAAUGCCAAGAGUGUGCAAAGCUGUCAUCAAGGCAAAGGGUGGCUAUUUUAAUAUAUUUUGAUUUGUAAAAAAAAAAAAAAAAAUGUUUACUACAUGAUUCCAUAUGUGUUAUUUCAUAGUUUUGAUGUUUUCAAUAUUAUUCUACAGUGUAGAAAAUAGUAAAAUUAAAGAAAAACCCUGGAAUGAGGAGGUGUGUCCAAACUGUUGACUGGUACUGUGGCUGUGUGUUUAUGUAUUUAUUUAUUUGUUACUGCUCGACCUAAAACAAUCUCAGUCGACCAACAGCCUAACGACCAAACAAUCGACCAGUCGACUAAUUGGGGUCAGCCCUAAUUUGAAUAAUUGUUUACAUCCACUGCAAAUGAAUAGGCUAGAAUAUAGCUGAAGGUUAGUUUGUAGCCAGUUUCUGAAGUCCAUUUUGAGAGUAUAUUUCAUGAACUCUUCUGGGCAUUUUUGCCUUCCAAGUCCUUGUUAUUGACCGCUACCCUGCUGCUGGGUAAAAGCUGUGAUGUGUUAUUUUGUGUCCAUCCAGUGGAUGACGUUGUUGAGAUGCUGGACAGAGGAGACACUCCUCUGGAGAUCACUGCUGUAUUCUUACUGUGUGUGUGUGUGUGUGUGUGUGUGUGUCCGUCCGUCCAUCCAGUGGAUGACGUUGGUGAGAAGCUGGACAUAGGAGACACUCCUCUGGAGAUCACUACUGAGGUGAUGCAGGACGAAGGCUCCAACAAGGACGGGUCUGAGGUCAUCAAGGUCUACAUCUUCAAAGCCGAGGCCGAUGACGAUGUGGAGAUAGGUGAGUGGUACUACUUCCGCAUUCGAAGGAACUCUCCGACAUCAGUGCGUUCAAGACAUUUUACAUUUGAGUAAUUUAGCAGACGCUCUUAUCCAGAGCGACUUACAGUUAGUGAGUGCAUACAUUUUUCAUACUGGCCCCCCGUGGGAAUCGAACCCACAACCCUGGCGUUGCAAGCGCCAUGCUCUACCAACUGAGCUACAGGAGGCCACUGGGAACGCAGAAAAAAAUUAGCUCAGACUGGGGAAAAAUCGGUUUGAACGGUCAUCCAACUCGGAAUUCCAACUCGGAAAAUCUGGCAUCUUUCUAGAGCUCCGACUUUCCGACGUCAUGAUUUGAUCUCGGUUAUUUCAGAGUUCCCAGUUGUCUUGAAAGCGCCAUUCUCUCAUCGACGAGGCCGACAUUUCAAGAGCCACGUCAAUUGAACCGUGAAGCAUAAUUUGCAUAUUGUGAAUGGCAUCAAACUAUUAUCUUCUAAUGUGAAGUGUCAGCUACAUAUAUGGAAAUUAUACUUUAGAUGGUAAGUGUUCCCUAGAGGAGUAGAGAGAUCGCAUAAAAUGUGUGUGACAACAGAUUUUCAUGCAGGUAUUCUAAAAUCUGCAUAAAUAAAUGUGCGCAUUUUCCCACCAGUGCUAUUUCCAACAAAUGGACUUGUUGCAGAUAAAUAUCAGUGUGUGAUGGUGUAGUGCACACAAUGUACUGUUUCGUUUUACGUUUUCAUGUACUAAAUAAAAAGGUAAAGUUCAAUGUGUUUUCAUCACAUUUUCAACUCAACCGAUAGUUUUGUCACAAACUGUUGCGUAAAUUAGCAAAUGUGCCUACUCUGGUCUUGGCAUAACAGCGCGCAGAUACAGUACAGAUAGGCUGUGUGGGCAGGCUAGUCUACAUGAUGAGAUUAUUAUGGAUAAGAGACAGAUUUUUAUUUAUUUGUCAAGCGUUGAUCAUCAUGUCACCAGAAUAAGACCCUCGAUAUUUAUUGGAAAAGAGCAUCAACAUCACCGUGCACUUCCACCACCCUGUGAAGUUCAUCAUCAUUUAUUUAAUUUGUAGCCUAAUAAACUGCACGGUUUCCCGAGUCGUAGUGGGAGGACCACACAACAUAUCAUCGCGUGACUCCAAAGUUUGCUUCGAUAUGAUGGUUAUUAUAUCAAUAUUUGCGCAUAAUAGGGUUUCUACCGCCAUUUCUCGCAUAAUACAUUUUACCGACACAAAAAGAUCCCAACAUGUCGAACGAACUAAUGAUCUGUCUGCAUUUAUGAAAUUGUACCGAAACUUCCUGUUUCCAUCACAGCUGUCGUGAUUUUAUUUAAAUAUACGGUAUGACUUUAUUUAUUCAUCAGUUGUUAUUAUGUAUAUAUCUAAUGUUUUUAUUACCUUUUUUUUAUUAUUUAUUUAUUUUAUUUUACUAGUCCUGCAUGUUGAAGCUCGAAGCCUAAGAUGUUCAAUGUGCCCUGCAAUCACACCUGCAACCCUGCACAUGUGACUAUUAAACAAUCUGAAACUUUACUAGCAUUACAAACUGUGGAUUGAAGCGUGGUUACUGUCUGUGUCUGUAGGUGGGACAGAGGUGGUGUCUGAGAGUGGCUUCCAUAACGGCCACCAUGCUAUGUUGGAGUCUGGGGGAGGAGGCAGACAUGGCCGGGGGGAGAAGAUGGUCUACAUGGCUGUGAAGGACCAGUCCCAGUCAGAGGAAGAGAUCAGUGAGUAUACACUCUUCUUCUAUUAAAUAACUCCCAUCUAUGAAAUGCUUUUUAGUGGAACCCUUCAUUUCACCUGUCCAAUCAUGUGAUCAAACACGACUUGAUAGGUUAAUUUUAUUGUAUUUUUCACUGGUGCUGUUCAAAAGGAUUUGAACAGGGCUUCAGGCAAAUCAAGAAUGUGUUUGUACAUGUCUCUGUACAUGUCUCUGUGUCACUCUGUUUUCCAAACCUGGCUGACAGGGCUGAGUAGGUGUAGGGUUGUAGGUGAGGAGGGUUAGGGUUGUUACUGAAUCUGUCUGUGUGUUUACAGAUGUGUCAGACAUGGCAGAGCAGGUGUACAUGGAGGUGAUUGUAGGAGAGGAGGAGGCCUCUGCAGUCCAGGAGAACCAGAUAGAUGACUCUCCGAACAGCAAGAUGUUUGUCCCUAUCUCCUGGGCUGCAGCCUAUGGUAAGGAUAAGGAUCACUCCUGUUGUGUGAUCAACUGGUUUUAUAUUCAGUAAUAACAGUAUUCCUUCAGCUGGAUAUAAGACACACGACUAUGGGCUCUAUUUUAACAAACCUAACGCAAUGGUAAAUCCAAGCGCUGGUGGUAGCGCUAUCGGUUCGGGGAUGUAUCAGAAGUACUUUAGCUAUUUUCACAACCAAAAAUGUACGUUGCAGUGAUGGUGUGAAAGGGCUGGAAUUUGAUGAAUAAACAAAUUGUGAGUCUGUCGAGGCUUGGCCCCUCACUGGCCAAUCAUAACAUGCUCCAUGGCUAAAUAUGUGUUUGCUUCAAGUUGUAUAUUUACAGGCUUUUAUGUAUUGCCUUGGACUCCAAUUCCAAUGUUAGUCUGUUUAUAGUUUGUUAAACAGUUUACAGAAACAAAAUAACAAAAUGUAGUCUUUGCUAAAUAUGUUGACUUGAACCUGUUUGCAGUCCACAUUGUUCUAAGUAAUUGCAUGGCUUUAAUGUGGAAAUAUAUACAUAACAAUCACAAUGAUAUAGGGGCUAGGCCUACUGUAAAUUGCAUUAGGGCAAUAAGCAUUAAAUUAAUUAUUAUUAAGUCCUAAAAAGAGAGCGAAUAAUUGUAAUAAAAUUCUAAACAAAACGAAACAACUUGUUUUUAAAUACGCUAUGUCUAAAUACACUUACAGGCACCAUAAUUGCUUCCUGUGGGCAUAUAAUAUUUAAACAACGCAGGCUAUGGCUUUACGCACAUCCAAACUUUUCACAGUAGCUGGCCAAGAUCCAAUGUAAAGAGAAAGGGAGAAUCUCCACUCACCGUUAUACUGCUUCCAAAUAUGUUUUAUAUGGGUGGUCCUCUGUAGCUCAAUUGGUAGAGCAUGGCGCUUGUAACGCCAGGGUAGUGGGUUCGAUCCCCGGGACCACCCAUACGUAAAAAUGUAUGCACACAUGACUGUAAGUCGCUUUGGAUAAAAGCAUCUGCUAAAUGGCAUAUUAUUAUUAUUAUUAUUAUUAUUAUUAUUAUUAUUAUUAUUAUUAUUAUUAUUAUAUACACUACCAUUCAAAAGUUUGGGGUCACUUAGAAAUGUCCUUGUUUUCGAAAGAAAAGCAAUUUUUUUGUCCAUUAAAAGAACAUCAAAUUGAUCAGAAAUACAGUGUAGACAUUGUUAAUGUUGUAAAUGGCUAUUGUAGCUGGAAACGGCUGAUUUUUAUUGGAAUAGCUACAUAGGCGUACAGAGGCCCAUUAUCAGCAACCAUCAGUCCUGUGUUCCAAUGGAACGUUGUGUUUGCUAAUCCAAGUUUAUCAUUUUAAAAGGCUAAUUGAUCAUUAGAAAAUCCUUUUGCAAUUAUGUUAGCACAGCUGAAAACUGUUGUGCUAAUUUAAAGAAGCAAUAAAACUGGCCUUCUUGAGACUAGUUGAGUAUCUGGAGCAUCACCAAUUGUGGCUUCGAUUACAGGCUCAAAAUGGCCAGAAACAAAGAACUUUCUUCUAAAACUCGUCAGUCUAUUCUUGUUCUGAGAAAUGAAGGCUAUUCCAUGCGAGAAAUUGCCAAAGAACGGAAGAUCUCGUACAACGCUGUGUACUACUCCCUUCACAGAACAGCGCAAACUGGCUCUAACCAGAAUAGAAAGAGGAGUGGGAGGCCCCGGUACACAACUGAGCAAGAGGAUAUAUACAUUAGAGUGUCUAGUUUGAGAAACAGACACCUCACAGGUCCUCAACUGGCAGCUUCAUUAAAUAGUACCCGCAAAACACCAGUCUCAACGUCAACAGUGAAGAGGCGACUCCGGGAUGCUGACCUUCUAGAUCUUGAAGAAGGAACUCUAUCACUUCAUUUUGCAACGCCAUGACAUACCCUGUGGACGGCGCUUAAUUGGAACCAAUUUCCUCCUAUAACAGGACAAUGACCCAAAGCACAGCUCCAAACUAUGCAAUAACUAUUUAGGGAAGAAGCAGUCAGCUGGUAUUCUGUCUAUACUGGAGUGGUCAGCACAGUCACCGGAUCUCAACCCUGUUGAGCUGUUGUGGGAGCAGCUUGAACGUAUGGUACUUAAGAAGUGCCCAUCAAGCCAAUCCAAUUUGUGGGAGGUGCUUCAGGAAGCAUGGGGUGAAAUCUCUUCAGAUUACCUCAACAAAUUGACAACUAGAAUGCCAAAGGUCUGCAAGGCUGUAAUUGCUGCAAAUGGAGGAUUCUUUGAUAAAAGCAAAGUUUGAAGGACAAAAUUAUUAUUUCAAUUAAAAAUAAUUAUUUCUAACCUUGUCAGUGACUACAUUUCUUAUUCAUUUUGCUAUAUUUCCUAUUCAAACUAAUUUCAUGUAUGUUGGAACCAUCUUACAGAUCGCAUUCACACAUCUCCAAAAGUUGCAUUGCAUGCGCGCCACGGACGUUCUCACCAUAAAACCAGGACACUGAAUCAUUCUAAUACAUUUUAAUCAAAUGGAAUGAAAACAAGCAAUUGUUUUUUCCACAACAAUAAAUAAAUGUAAUGAUGUCAUUAAAAUCGGCACGAUAAUAAAGACCUGAAGCAGAGGGCUUGUGUUUUAAAAAUAUGAAACGGAAUACAAUUGUUACAGGAAAAUAACUUCUAAAUACGAGGUUAACCGGUAUUCACAGAGGUUCUCAUCUCUCGUUUCACUAUGGACAUGGACACAUGUAGAGCCCUGAGUCUUACUAUACUUGUGUGGACUUUUUGAGGACCAACAGUUGAUUCCCAAAAUCAGAUUUUCCCUAAACCUAACGCCUAAGCCUAAAAUAGCCUUUUUACAAGUGAGGACUGGCAAAAUGUCCUCACUUCUCUGAAUUUUAGUUGGUUUGCUAUUCUUGUGAGGACUUCUGGUUCAGUAUAGUAAAACGUGUACAGGCGCACACACAGACCUUUCAAGAGUAGUGCUUGUUUUAGUAUUUGCUAAACCUUAUUUCUCCUCCACUGCUGUUUAUAUCUAUACUGAACAAAAACAUAAACGCAACAUGUAAAGUGUUGGUCCUAUGUUUCAUGAGCUGAAAUAAAAGAUCCCCGAAAUUUUCCAUAUGCACAUAAAGCGUAUUUCUCUCACAUUUUGUGCACAAAUUUGUUUACAUCCCUGUUAGUGAGCAUUUCUCCUUUACCAAGAUAAUCCAUCCACCUGACAGGUGUGGCAUAUCAAGAAGCUGAUUAAACAGCAUGAUCAUUACAUAGGUGCACCUUGUGCUGUGGACAAUAAAAGGCCACUCUAAAAUGUGCAGUUUUGUCACAAACACAAUACCACAGAUGUCUCAAGUUUGAGGGAGCGUGCAAUUGGCAUGCUGACUACAGGAAUGCCACCAGAGCUUUUGCCAGAGAAUUGAAUGUUAAUUUCUCUACCAUAAGCCGCCUCCAACGUUGUUUCUGAGAAUUUGACAGUACGUCCAACCGGCCUCACAACCGCAGCCCACGUGUAACCACGCCAGCCCAGGACCUCUACAUCUGGCUUCUUCACCUGCGGGAUGGUCUGAGACGAGCCACUCGGACAGCUGAUGAAACUGUGGGUUUGCACAACCAAAGAAUGUCUGCACAAACUGUCAGAAACAGUCUCAGGGAAGUUCACCUACGUCGUCCGCCGCCAUCACCUCAUGUUUCGGCAUGAUAAUGCACAGCCCCAUGUCGCAAGGAUCUGUACAAAAAAGGGAGUGCUCCUAAUCUCAGCUUGUUACCUGUAUAAAAGAGACCUGUCCACAGAAGCAAUCAAUCAGAUUCCAAACUCUCCACCAUGGCCAAGACCAAAGAGCUCUCCAAGGAUGUCAGGGACAAGAUUGUAGACCUACACAAGGCUGGAAUGGGCUACAAGACCAUCGCCAAGCAGCUUGGUGAGAAGGUGACAACAGUUGGUGCGAUUAUUCGCAAAUGGAAGAAACACAAAAUAACUGUCAAUCUCCCUUCGUCCUGGGGCUCCAUGCAAGAUCUCACCUCGUGGAGUUGCAAUGAUCAUGAGAACAGUGAGGAAUCAGCCCAGAACUACACGGGAGGAUCUUGUCAAUGAUCUCAAGGCAGCUGGGACCAUAGUCACCAAGAAAACAAUUGGUAACACACUACGCCGUGAAGGACUGAAAUCCUGCAGCGCCCGCAAGGUCCCCCUGCUCAAGAAAGCACGUAUACAGGCCUGUCUGAAGUUUGCCAAUGAUCAUCUGAAUGAUUCAGAGGAGAACUGGGUGGAAGUGUUGGGGUCAGAUGAGACCAAAAUCGAGCUCUUUGGCAUCAACUCAACUCGCCGUGUUUGGAGGAGGAGGAAUGCUGCCUAUGACCCCAAGAACACCAUCCCCACCGUCAAACAUGGAGGUGGAAACAUUAUGCUUUGGGGGUGUUUUUCUGCUAAGGGGACAGGACAACUUCACCGCAUCAAAGGGACGAUGGACGGGGCCAUGUACCGUCAAAUCUUGGGUGAGAACCUCCUUCCCUCAGCUAGGGCAUUGAAAAUGGGAUGUGGAUAGGUAUUCCAGCAUGACAAUGACCCAAAACACACGGCCAAGGCAACAAAGGAGUGGCUCAAGAAGAAGCACAUUAAGGUCCUGGAGUGGCCUAGCCAGUCUCCAGACCUUAAUCCCAUAGAAAAUCUGUGGAGGGAGCUGAAGGUUAGAGUUGCCAAACGUCAGCCUCGAAACCUUAGUGACUUGGAGAAGAUCUGCAAAGAGGAGUGGGACAAAAUCCCUCCUGAGAUGUGUGCAAACCUGGUGACCAACUACAAGAAACGUCUGACCUCUGCGAUUGCCAACAAGGGUUUUGCCACCAAGUACUAAGUCAUGUUUUGCAGAGGGGUCAAAUACUUAUUUCCCUCAUUAAAAUGCAAAUCAAUUUAUAACAUUUUUGACAUGCGUUUUUCUGGAUUUUGUUGUUGUUAUUCUGUCUCUCAUUGUUCAAAUAAACCUACCAUUAAAAUUACAGACUGAUCAUGUCUUUGUCAGUGGGCAAACGUACAAAAUCAGCAGGGGAUAAAAUACUUUUUUCCCUCACUGUAGAUGAGUCUGUUUCACCUGCCCUGCUGUUUAUAUGUAGAUAACAGUCUGUUUCACCUGCCCUGCUGUUUAUAUGUAGAUAACAGUCUGUUUCUCCUGCUGUUUAUAUGUAGAUAACAGUCUGUUUCACCUGCCCUCUGUUUAUAUGUAAUACCGUUUCUCCUCUGUUUUAGUGAUAACAUCUUUUUACCCGCUGUUUAUUUUAGAUAACAGUUGUUUUACCUCUGUUUAUAUGUAAUAACGUCUGUUUCUCCCCCUCUGUUUAUAUGUGAUAACAUCUUUUCACUGCCUGCUGUUUUUUAUGUAAUAAAAGUCGUUUUUCACCUGCCCCCUGUUUUUUGUAGAAAACGUUUCUCCUGUGUUUAUUGUAGAUAACGUUUUUCUCCCGCGUUUUUUUAUGUUAACAGUUGUUUCUUUCCUGCCCUGUGUUUAUAUGUAGAAACAUUGUUUCCCUGCGUUUUAUGUAAUAAAGUCUGUUUUUUUCCCGCUGUUUUAAAUUUAAAAAAGUCUUUUUCUCCUCGUUUAUAGUAAUAACAGUCGUUUUUCCCGGUUUAAUGAGAUAACAGUCUGUUUCCCCCUUUUGUUUUAUGGGAGAUAAAAGUCGGGUUUUUCCUGUGUUUAUAGUGAAACAGCGUUUCUCCUGUGUUUAUAGUAGAUAAAAAGCUUUUCUUCCUGUGUUUUGUGAAACGUUUUUUCUCCUGUGUUUAUAGUAGAAAACGUCGUUUUUCCCCCCCUGCGUUUUAUGUAGAUAAAUCUGUUUCUCCUUCCCUGUGUUUUAGUAGAAAAAUCGUUUCCCUGCCCGUGUUUAAAAGUAAAAAGUGUUUCCCCCUUCGUUAUAUGUAGAUAAAAUCUGUUUCUCCUGCUUUUAUUGUAGAUAAAAAUCUGUUUCACCUGCCCUGCGUUUAUUUAGAACCGUCUCUUUCUCUCCCUGCUGUUUUUAAAGUAAUAAAAGUCCGGUUUCAAACCCCGCCCCUGUUUUUUUAAUAACAUCUUUUCUCCUGCUGUUUAUAUGUGAUAACAUUUUGUUUUUCCCCCCUGCGAAUUUUGAUAACACUGUUUUUUCCCCGCCCUGCGUUUUUUGUAAUAAAAAGUCUUUUUUCUUUUCCCGGUUUUAUUGAUCGCUGUUUCCCCGCCCCCGGUUUAUUGUAAUAAAAGUCCUUUCUCCGCCCUGUUUAUAGUAGAUAAAAGUCGUUUCACUGCCCCCUGUUUUUUAAAGUAGAUAAAGUCGUUUUCCUGCUUUUUAUUGUAAUACAUCGUUUCUCCUGCUGUUUAAUUAAAAACGUCGUUUCUCCCGCCCGUGUUUAUAUGUAGAUAAAUCUGUUUUUCCUGCUUUUUUUGUAGUAAAAUCGUUUUUUUUCCCCUGUUUAUGUGAUAAAAAGUUGUUUUUCCUCUUGGGGUUAUAUGUAGAUAACGUGUUUUUCCCCCGGUUUAUAUUAGAUAACAGUUUUCUCCUGCUUUUAUUUAGAUAAAAGUCUGUUUUUUCCUGCGUUUUUGUAAUAACAUCUGUUUCCUUGCCCGCGUUUAAUGAGAUACAGCUGUUUUACCCCGCCCUUGUUUAUUGUAAAAAUCUGUUUUCUCCUUGUUUAUUGUAGAAACAUCUUUUCUCCCCGCUGUUUUAGUAGAAAACAGUCUGUUUCUCCCGCGUUUAUAGUAAUAAAAGUUGUUUCUUGCUGUUUUAUUUGAUAAAUCUGUUUUUCCGGGCCCCUUUUAAGUAGAAACAUUUGUUUCACCUGUGUUUAUAUUAAAAACGUCGUUUUUUCCCGGUUUUUAUGUAGAUCAUUUUUUUUCCUUCUGUUUAUAUGUUAACAGUCGUUUCUUCUGGUUUAAUUUUAAAAAACAGUCUGUUUCACCUCCGCUGUUUAUAUGUAGAUAAAAGUUGUUUUCCCCUGCCCCUGCGUUUUAUGUAAAUAAACUUUCACCUCCCCGCUGUUUUUAUUAAUAAAAGUUGUUUUUUUCCCCGCUGUUUAUUGUAGAUAAAAGUCGUUUUCCCGCUGUUUAUAUUAAUAAAAAGCGUUUUCCCUGUGUUUAUAUUAGAUAACAGUUUUUUUUCUCCCCCCUGCGUUAAUGUAAAAACACGUUUUUCCUGCCCCGCUGUUUAUAUGUAAAACAGUCUGUUUCUCCUGCCUGCGUUUAAAUUUUGAUAAAAAGUUGUUUCUCCCGCUUUUUAUUAGAUAACAGUCUGUUUUUACCCGCUUUUAAAAGUGUAAAAGUCUGUUUCUCCUGCCCUGGGGUUUUUGAAUAACACUUUUUCCGUGUUUAUAGAAUAAAUUUUUUUCACCGCCCUUCUUUUAAUUGAUAACAGUUGUUUUACCUGCCCCCUGUUUAUUGUAAAAAGUCUGGUUUUUCACCCGCCCGCUUUUAUAUGUAAAACUCGUUUUUCCUGCUGUUUUUUAUGUAGUAACAUCUGUUUCCCCGCUGUUUUUUGUUAACAUCGUUUUCCUGCCCCGCUUUUUAGUUGAUAACAGUCUUUUUUACCUCCCCUGCGUUUUAUAGUUAAAAACAUCUGUUUUCCCCCUGUGUUUAUUUAAUAACUCUGUUUCCUGCCCUGCGUUUUUGAGAAACAGCUGUUUUUUUCCUGCGUUUUUAUUAAAAACAGUCCCGUUUUCCCGCUUUUAUAUUAAUAAGUCUGUUUUUUUUUCCUCUGUUUUUUUUGUAAAACGUCUUUUCACCCUUUUUAAGGGAGAUAAAGUCGUUUCAAAAUGCCCUCGUUUAUAUUAAUAAAAGUUGCUUCUCCGCUGUUUUAUGUAGAUAAAAUCUGUUUUACCUGCCCCCGCUGUUUUUUGUGAACAUUGUUUCACCUGCCUGCUGUUUAUUGUAAAAACAUUGUUUCCGCUGUUUAGUAAAAAUUGUUUCUCCCGCUUUUUUAGUAGAAAAAUCGGUUUCACCCGCCCUCUGUUUAUAUGUGAUAACAGCGUUUCACCUGCCCUGCUGUUUUUUAUGUAGAUAACAGCUGUUUUCCCUGCCCGGUUUAUAUGUGUAAAAGUCUGUUUCUCCUUGUUUAAGUAAAAACAGCUGUUUUCCCCCCUGCCCUGCGUUUAAAUUGUAGAAACAGUCGUUUCUCCUGUGUUUUUAUUAGAUAAGGCUUUUUUCCCGCGUUUAUUUUUGUAAAACAGUCUGUUUUACCUGCCCUGCUGUUUUUAUGUAGAUAACCUGUUUUUUCCGCUUUUAUAUGUAGAUAACCCUUGUUUUUUCCCCGCUGUUUAAAGAAAACAUCUUUUUCUCCCCUUUUUUUGUAGAUAACAGUCGUUUCUCCCUCUGUUUAAUGUAGAUAACAUCUGUUUCUCCUGCUUUUAUAUGUAGAUCAUUGUUUUCCCUGCCCCCGUGAUAUGUAAUAACAUCUGUUUUCACCUCCCUGUGUUUUUAAAGUAGAUAACAUCGUUUUUUUUUCCCCUGUUUAAUUUGAUAAAGCUGUUUCUCCUGCCCUGCUGUUUUUAAAGUAGAUACGUCUGUUUACCUGCCCCGCUGUUUAUAUGUAGAUAACAGUCUGUUUCUCCUGACCUGCUGUUUUUAAGUAGAUAACAUCUGUUUUUCCCCCCUGCCCUGCUGUUUUUAAGUGAUAAAGCCCCUUUUCUCCUCUGGUUUUAUGUAGAACCGUCCCCUUUCCCCCUGCUGUUUUUAUUUAGAUAAAAUCUGUUUUUUCCCGUUUUUAUUUAAUUUAAAAGGUUUCUCCCCGCUGUUUUAUUUUUAAAAACAGUCUGUUUUUUCCCGCUGUUUUUAUGUAAAAACGUCUGUUUCUUCCCCCGGGCCCCUGUUUAUAUGUAGAUAAAAAAAUCUUUUUUCCCCUGCCCGUGUUUAUAUGUAGUAAAAGUUGUUUUUUUCCUGCUGUUUAUAUGUAAAACGCUUUUUUCUCCCUUUUAAUUAGAUACAGUCUGUUUCACCCCCUGCUGUUUUUAUGAAUAAAGUCUGUUUCUCCUGCCCUGUUUAUAUGUAGAAACACUGUUUCUCCUGUUUAAUUUUAGAAAUUUUGUUUUACCUGCCCUUCUGUUUUUUUAGAUAACUCUGUUUAAAAGCCCCCUUUUUUUUAUAUGUAGAUAACAUCUUUUUCACCGCCCUGUUUUUUAUGUAAAAACAGUCUGUUUUUCUCCGCGGGUUUUUUAGAUACGUCUGUUCUUUUGCUGUUUUUAAAGUGAAACGUUGUUUUCCCCGCCCUGCUGUUUAAGGAUAACAGUCGUUUCCCCCGCCCCGCUGUUUAUGUAAUAACGUUUUUUUCCCCCUGUUUAAUGUAAUAAAAGUCUGUUUUUCAUGCCCCCGCUUUAAUGAAAAAAGUCGUUUUUUUCCCCGUGUUUUAGUAGAUAACAUCUGUUUCUCCUUUUUUAUAUUAAUAAAUCGUUUUUUCCGCUGUUUAUAUUAGAUAACAGUUGUUUCACCUGCGUUUAUAUUUUAAAAACAGCUGUUUUUACCCCCCUUGUUUAUGAAUAACGUCUCUUUUCCUCGUUUUUUAUUAAAACAGUCGUUUUUACCCCCCCUGCUUUUAUAUUAAAAACUCUGUUUCCCUGCCCCGCUGUUUUUAUGUAGAAAAAGUCUUUCUCCGCUUUUAUGUAGAAAAAGUCUGUUUCUCCUGCUGUUUUUUUGAUAACGUCUUUUUACCUCCCCCCUGUUUUUAUGUGAUAACAGUUUUUUUAAACCGCCCCGCGUUUAUAUGUAGAAACAUCUGUUUUUUUUUCCCCCGCCCGCUGUUAAUGUAGAUAACGUUUUUUCCCCGCUGUUUAUAUUAAACGUCUGUUUCACCCGCCCUUGUUAAGUAGAUAAAAGUCUGUUUCUCCUGCUGUUUAAUUAGAUAACGGUUGUUUCUCCCCGCUGUUUUUUAAAAAAGUGUUUUUCACCUGCCCCGCGUUUUUAAAGAGAUAACUCCCCUUUUUCCUCUUUUUUAUAUGAAUAACUCUGUUUCUUUUCCCCGUGUUUUAUGUGAUAAAAUUUCUUUUUCUCCUCGGGUUUUUAUUAGAAACAGCUGUUUCUCCCGCUGUUUUUUAUGUAGAAACGCGUUUCUCCCGCUGUUUUUAUGUAGUAACACGUUUCCCGCCCUGCUGUUUUUUAAAGUAAAAAACAUCGUUUCAACCGCCCGCUGUUUAUAUUUAAAAUCUUUUCUCCUGCUGUUUUUAUGUAAUAACACGUUUCUCCGCCCUGUGUUUUUAUUUAGAUAACAGUCUGUUUCACCUGGCUUUUUUAAAGUAAUAAGUUGUUUUUUCUCCCCGCCCCCGUUUUAUAUUAAUCAGUUUUUCACCUGCCCCGCUGUUUUUUAUUAAUAAUUGUUUUUUCCCCCGUUUAAUUAAAACAGUUGUUUCUCCUGCUUUUAUAUUAAAACAUUUUUUCCUGCUGUUUUUGUAGAUAAAAUCUGUUUCUCUGCUGUUUAUAUGUGAUAACAGUCGUUUUUUUCCGCUGUUUAUAUGUAGAUAACAGUCUGUUUCUCCUGCUGUUUUUUAGAUAACGUCUGUUCACCCGCCCUGUUUUAUAGUAGAUACAGUCUGUUUCCCUGCCCUGCUGUUUAUAUGAGAUAACGUCUGUUUCACCUCCCCGCUGUUAUAUGUGUAAAAAGCUGUUUUUCUCCGUGUUUUUUUUGAUACAGUUUUUUUUCUCCUCCCCCCCCUGUUUUUAUUUUAAAAUAAAAAUCUUUCACUGCCCCGCGUUUAUAUGUAAAAAAAGUCUGUUUUUUUCCGCCCCUGUUUUUAUAGAUAAAAGUCUGUUUCACCCCCGCUGUUUAUUUUGGAUAAAAUUUUUUUCCCUUUUUUAUAUGUAAAAAACGUCUGUUUUCCUGCUGUUUAUAUGUAGAAAACAGUCGUUUCACCUGCCCUGCUGUUUAUAUUAAACCAGUCUUUUUCUCUGCUGUUUUUAUGUGAUAAAAGUUGUUUCACCGCCCUGUGUUUUUUAUUAGAUAACAGUUUUUCUCCUGGUUUUAUAUGUAGAUAACAUCUGUUUUUUCCUGCUGUUUUUUUUAAUAACACUGUUUUACCGCGUUUUAUAUGUAGAAAAAGUCUGUUUACCCGCCCGCUGUUUUUAAGGAAAAAAAUUGUUCCCGCUGUUUUUAAGUAGAUACUCGUUUUCACCCCCUGCUGUUUUUUAUGUAAUAACAGUUGGUUCACCCGCCCUGGUUUUUAUGUAGAUAAAAGCUGUUUCCCUGCUGUUUAUAUUAGUAACAGUCUUUUUUCUCCUCUGUUUUUUUGUAGUAAAAGUUGUUUCACCUGCCCCGUUUUUAUGUAGAUCAGUUGUUUUCCCCCUGCCCUGUUUUAUAUUAAAACUUGUUUUUUCCCCGCCCCCUUUUAUGUAGAAACGUCUGUUCCCCCUGCUUUUUAAUUAGAUAAAGUUGUUUCCCUUGUGUUUUAAAGUGAUAACAGUCUGUUUUUUUUCCUGCUGUUUUUUAAAGUAGAUAACAUUUUUCUCCCUGUUUAUUUUGUAGAUAACAGUUUUUUCUCCUGCUGUUUAAUGUAGUAACAGUCUGUUUCUCCCGCUGUUUUUUGUAGUCAGGUUUUUUUUCCCGUUUUUUUCUUUUGUUUCUCCCGCUGUUUUUAAGUAGAUAACAGUUGUUCCCUUUUUUUUUUCUUUUUUCCCCGCGGGGUUUUUUAAUUGAAACGUCUUUUUUUCCCCGGUUUUAAGUAAUAAAAGUCUGUUUUUCCCCCCCUGCUGUUUUAUAUGUAGAUAAAAGUUGUUUUCUUCCCGCUGUUUAUAUUUGGAAACAUCUUUUUCCCUGCCUCUGUUUUAUGUAGAUAAAGUCGGUUUCCCUGCCCCCUUUUAAAUUAGAAAACGUCCCCGUUUUAAAACCCUGCCCUGCUGUUUAUGUAGAAAAAGUCGUUUUUCCGGUGUUUAUUGUAAAACGUCUGUUUCCUCCCUUGGGUUUUUAAAUUUGAAAGUCUGUUUCUUUCCCGCUUUAAAGUAAAAAGUCUUUUUUUUUCCCUGCUGUUUAUAUGUAAAAAAGUUGUUUUUUUUCUUCUGUUUAAUUAGAAAAGUCUGUUUUUUUCCUGUGUUUUUAUGUAAUAAGUCGUUUUUUUCCUCUGUUUUUAUGUAGAUACGCUUUUUCCUGCUGUUUUUUGUAGAAACAUCUUUUCUCCCCCCGUUAUAUUAGAUAACAGUUUUUUCCCUCUGUUUUUUGAGAACAGUUGUUUCCCUGUUUAUUAGAUAACGUCUUUUUCCCGCUGUUUUUUUAAUUACCUUUUCUCCGGGGUUUAUUGUAAUACCGGGGCUUUUCCUGCUGUUUUUAAAGUAGGAUAAAAGUCUGUUCUCCUGCUUUUAUAUGUAAAACGUCUUUUUUCCCUGCUGUUUUAUGUAAUAAAGUCUGUUUUUCCUCCCCGUGUUUUAGUAGAUAACAGUUUUUUCCCCCGCGUUUAUAUGGGAAAAAAGUUGUUUCCCCUGCCCCUGUUUUUUGAGAUCCAGUUGUUCCCCCUGCGUUUAUAUGUAAUAAAAGUCCCUUUUCUCCUGCUUUUAUAUGUAAUAAAAAAGUCUGUUUCUCCCCCGCUGUUUAUAUGUAGAAAAAAGUUGUUUUUUCCCGCUGUUUAUAGUAGAUAACAGUCUGUUUCUCCUGCUGUUUAUAUGUAGAUAAAAGUGUUUCCCCGUUUAAAUGAGGGAAAAAGGCCUCCCUUUAUAGUGGUUGGGGGACCCCGGAAAAGGAAGUGACCGGGGGGCCCUUAAAAUAAAAAUUGGUCUGAAGAAAAAAACCCUAAAAAUUUUUAAAAAAAGAAAAAAGGGGUUUUUGGGUUGGCCCGGGGGGUUCGGAAAAUUUUCCCCAAAAAGUACCCUGUUAAACCCCCAAGGAAAAAGGGUUUUUUCUUUUAAAAAAAAAAAAAAAACUCCCUUUUUUGGGGUUUUUCCCUUUUUUAGGGUUUUUUCCUGUGUUUUGGAAGCUGGGCCCCGGUGCUUUUCUCCGGUUUUGGGGUUGGGUCCCCCUUCUGGAUAGAAAUUCUUUUGGAAAGCCCCCUAGAAAAAUUUUUUGGAUGGUGGUUUUUGGGCACUGUUUUGGGGGAAGGGGUUUUCCCCCGGGGGGAAAAUUUUCCUCCCAAAUGUUCGCUGGUUUGAGGUAAGGCCCCCCCCCUGGAGCCCAAAAUUUUUUUUUCAAAAUUUGAAAACCCCCUCCAAACUUUUUAUGGAAAAACCUUUUCCUUUGGUGAAGGGUUUGUCCCUAGGAAAAAGGGUUUUUCCCCCUGCGUAAUGGAAAAAAUUUUUCCCCGUGUUUAAUUUUGGUGUUUUGCGUUUUGAAACCCUUUUAUGAUUAAAAAUUUUUUGGGCCCCCGGGAACCCCUUUUUAAAACCCACCGGGGAAAACCCUUUUUUCUCCUCCCCCCAAAAUUUACGUUGGCCCCCCUUUGGGUAAGGUUCUCCCUGGUUUUGAAAACCCCUUUUUUUGGCCCCAUUUAAAAAUCUUUUCACUUCCCCGGAAAAUUUUUUACUUUAGUAUAAACCCUGGGUUUUUAACCUCCCCCCGCGUUUUGGGAUUCGCUUUUUGAUUUUUAAAACCCUUUUUUGGGUGUGGAAAAACCCAGGUCCCUUUUAAAAGUUUCCCCCGUUUUUUUCUCCCCCUUAAGGCAAAUUUUUCCCCCGUUUUUGUUGCCGGGAAAAAGGAAAAUUAUUCCCCUUCACCUGUUUUUAAACGUUUUUGGGUAAAACCCCUGGGGCCCCAGCUUGCCCCCCUGGUUUAUUAAAACGCGUUACGCCCCCAAAGAAAAUUUCCUCCCCCUUUAAUUUGAUUUUCCCCUUUGGUGUGUUUUCUCUCUUUUUUUUUCUUUUUCCCUUUUUUUUAAUUUUUUUUUGUUUUAAAUCUUUUUUCUGAUUUUUCCUUCUUUUUCUUUUUCUCUCUUUUUUUGUUUUUCUUCUUUUUUCCUGAUUAAACCCCUUUUUUUUUUUCCCCUUUUUUUGUAUCUCUUUUUUUUUGAAACCUUUUUCCCCGAUUACCUUUUCUUUUUUUUUUGCUUUCUCUCCCUUUUUUUAAAACCCCGUUUUUUUUUUUUUUUUUUUUUUUUUUUUUUUUUUUUUUUUUUUUUUUUUUUUUUUUUUUUUUUUUUUUUUUUUUUUUUUUUUUUUUUUUUUUUUUUUUUUUUUUUUUUUUUUUUUUUCCUUUUUUUUUUUUCUGUUAUUCCCUUCUUUUUCUUUUCUCGUUUUUUUUUUCUUGUUAUUAUCUCUUUUUUCUGUUUAUUUUUUUUUUCUCUUUCUUUUUAUUACUCCUCUUUUGCUUUCCACUAGAUUUUGAGCAUUAGUGAGGUUGGGCACUGAUGUUGGGCGAUUAGGCCUGGCUCGCAGUCGGCGUUCCAAUUCAUCCCAAAGGUGUUCGAUGGGGUUGAGGUCAGGGCUCUUCUGUGCAGGCCAGACAAGUUCUUCGACACCGAUCUCGACAAACCAUUUCUGUAUGGACCUCGCUUUGUGCACGGGUGCAUUGUCAUGCUGAAACAGGAAAGGGCCUUCCCCAAACUGCAGCCACAAAGUUGGAAGCACAGAAUCAUCUAGAAUGUCAUUGUAUGCUGUAGCGUUAAGAUUUCCCUUCACUGGAUCUAAGGGGCCUAGCCCGAACCAUGAAAAACAGCCCCAGACCAUUAAUCCUCCUCCACCAAACUUUACAGUUGGCACUAUGCAUUCGGGUAGGUAGCGUUCUCCUGGCAUCCGCCAAACCCAGAUUUGUCCGUUGGACUGCCAGAUGGUGAAGCGUGAUUAAUCACUCCAGAGAAUGUUUCUCCACUGCUCCAGAGUCCAAUGGCAGCAAGCUUUACACCACUCCAGCCGACGCUUGGCAUUGCGCAUGGUGAUCUUAGGCUUGUGUGUGGCUGCUCGGUCAUGGAAUCCCAUUUCAUGAAGCUCCCGACGAACAGUUCUUGUGCUGACGUUGCUUCCAGAGGCAGUUUGGAACUCGGUAGCGAGUGUUGCAACCGAGGACAGAUGAUUUUUAUGCGCUUCAGCACUCGUUCUGUGAGCUUGUGUGGCCUACCACUUUGCGGCUGAGCAGUUGUUGCUCCUAGAUGUUUCCAUUUCAUAAUAACAGCACUUAGAGUUGAGCGGGGAAGCUCUAGCAGGACAGAAAUUUGACAAACUGACUUGUUGGAAAGGUGGCAUCCUAUGACGGUGCAUCGAUGAAAGUCACUGAGCUCUUCAGUAAGGCCAUUCUACUGCCGACGUUUGUCUAUGGAGAUUGCAUGGCUGUGUGCUCGAUUUAAUACACCUGUCAGCAACGGAUGUGGCUGAAAUAGCCGAAUCCACUAAUUUGACAUCUCUCUUCUCUUAGUCUCCUGUGGUCAUUCCUUCUUAAUUGGCUUGCCUGGAUAAAUAAAGGCUAAAUCCAUUUCCCCUCUGUCCCCUCUCAGCUGUGAUCAUCGGUCCAGACGGCAUGCCCCUGACCGUCUACCCCUGUCACAUCUGUGGUAAGAAGUUCAGGUCACAAGGCUUCCUCAAGUGCCACAUGAAGAACCAUCCUGACCACCACCUCAAGAAGAAGUACCAGUGUACCGACUGUGACUUCACCACCAAUAAGAAGGUGUCUGUCGUCUCUCAUAUCUCUGAUGUUCCCGUCAUUGGACUGUUUCUGUUAUUACUCUCUUCUUUUUCUGUUAUUACUCUCUUCUUUUUCUGUUAUUACUCUCUUAUUUUCUGUUAUUACCUCUUUCUUUUCUGUUAUUACUCUCUUCUUUUUCUGUUAUUACUCUCUUAUUUUCUGUUAUUACUCUCUUCUUUUUCUGUUAUUACUCUCUUCUUUUUCUGUUAUUACUCUCUUCUUUUUCUGUUAUUACUCUUCUUUUUCUGUUAUUAAUACUUCUUAUUUUUCUGUUAUUACUCUCUUCUUUUUCUGUUAUUGCUCUCUUCUUUUUUGUUUUCUCUUCUUUUCUUUAUUACUCUCUUUUAUUUCUCCUUUUUUUUCUGUUAUUACUCUCUUCUUUUUCUGUUAUUACUUCUUUUUCUUUUUCUGUUUUUACUCUUUCUUUUUCUGUUAUUACUCUCUUUUUUUUUCUGUUAUUUACUCUCUUCUUUUUCUGUUAUUACCUCUUUUUUUUUAUGUUUUACUCUCUUCUUUUUCUGUUAUUACUCUCUUCUUUUUCUGUUAUUGCCUCUUUUUCUUUUUCUGUUAUUACUUCUCUUCUUUUUCUGUUAUUCUCUCUUCUUUUUCUGUUAUUCCUUCUUUUCUUUUUAUUAAAUCUUUCUUUUUAGUUAUUUUUCCUCCUUCUUUUUCUGUUAUACUCUCUCUUUUUCUGUUAUUGCUCUCCCUUUUUUUUCUGUUUUUUUAAAAUCUCCUUUCCCCUUUUUUUGUUAUUGCUCUCUUCUUUUUCUGUUAUUACUCUUCUUUUUCUGUUAUUACUCUCUUCUUCUUUUUUUUCUGUUAUUACUCUUUCUUUUUUCUGUUAUUACUCUCUUUUCUUUUUCUGUUUUUCUUUUUCUCUUUCUUUCUUUUUCUUUUUUUUUUUCUUUUCUCUUUUUCGUUUUUUGCUCUUCUUUUUCUUUUUUUUUUUUUUUUCUGUUUUACCUUUUUUGUUUAUUAUUUCUUUUUCUUUUUCGUUAUUACCUUUCUUUUCUGUUUUUUUUACUCUUUUUCUGUUUUUUUAAAAAUUUUCUUUUUUCUGUUAUUCUAUUCGGUUAUUACUCUCCUCUUUCUGUUAUUACUUUCUUCUUUUCUGUUAUUAAUCGUCUUUUUUGUUAUUACUCUUCUGUUUUUACCCUCUUCUUUUUCUGUUAUUACUUUCCUUUUUUGUUAUUACUAUUUUCUGUUAUUACUCUUUUCUGUUUUUUCUUUUUUCUGUUAUUACUCUUCUGUUUCUGUUAUUACUCUUUUUCUUUUAUUACUCUUCUGUUUCUGUUAUUACUCUUUUUCUGUUAUUACACUUUUCUGUUAUUACUUUCCUUUUCUGUUAUUACACUAAUCUUUUUUUGUUAUUACUCUUUUGUUUUAUCCCCCUUUUCUGUUAUUUCUGUUUUUUUUCUUUUUUCUGUUUUACUUUUUUCUGUUAUUACUCUCUUUUCUGUUAUUACUCCUUCUUUUUCUGUUAUUACUCUUUUUCUGUUAUUACUCCUCCUUUUUCUGUUAUUACCUCUUUUUCUGUUAUUACUAUUUUUCCCGUUUACUUUUUUUCUGUUAUUACUUUCUUUUUCUGUUAUUACCCCUUCUUUCUUUUUUUCUGUUAUUACUAUUUUUUUAUUUUUAUACUCCUUUUCUGUUUUACUCUUUUUUGUUUAUUCAUUUUUUUCUGUUAUUACUCUUUUUUUCUGUUAUUAAAUUUUUUCCCUUUUUUUACUCUCCCUUUCUGUUAUUCUCUUCUUUUUUUGUUUAUUUUUACCCCUUUCUUUAUUACCCUUUUUUUGUUUAUUACUCUUCUUUUUCUUUAUUUACCUUUUUUUUGUUAUUACAUUUUUCUGUUUUUUUACUUUUUCUGUUAUUUAAUUUUUUGUUAUUUUCCUCCUUUUUUCUUCGUUAUUACUCUCUUUUUCUUAUUAUUUUUUUCUGUUAUUCCCUCCUUUUCUGUUUUACUCUUUUUUCUGUUAUUACCUUCUUUUUCUGUUAUUACUCCUUUUUUUGUUAUUACCCUUUUUCUGUUAUUACUUUUCUUUUCUGUUAUACCUUUUUCUUUUGUAUUUUUCCAACUCCUCUUAUUUUCCCCGACCUUUUCGUUAUUAUCUUUUUUUCCUUUUUUAUUUUUUUUAUUUUUUCAUUCCCCCCGUGUUAUUUCUUUUUUUUGUUAUUACCUUCUUUUUUUUAUUACUCUUUUCCCGUUAUUCUCUUUUCUGUUUCUUUCUGUUAUUUUUCUUUUCUUUUCCUUUUUCUGUUAUCCUUUCUUUUUGUUAUUACUCUUUUCUGUUUAUUCCUUUUUUCCAUUAUUUUUCUGUUAUUACUCUCCUUCCUUUUCUGUUAUACGUCUCUUUUUGUUUCUCUUUUUUCUUUUACCUCUUCUUUUUCUUUUUUCUUUAUUACUCUUCUUUUUCUUUUUGUUAACUCUUCUUUUUCUGUUAUUACUCUUCUUUUUUUUUCGUUAUCCUUUUUUCUGUUAUUACUCUUUUUCUGUUAUUACCGCUCUUUUUCUGUUAUUACUUUCUUUUUUUUUUAUCUCUUUUCUGUUAUUACUCUUUUUCUGUUAUUACUCUUUUCUGUUAUUACUCUCUUCUUUUCUGUUAUUACUCUUUUCUGUUAUUACUCUCUUCUGUUUCUGUUACGCUCCUCUUUUUUUGUUAUUACUUUUUUCUGUUAUUACUCUUUCUUUUUCUUUUCUUUCUUCUCUUUUUCUGUUAUUACUCUUCUUUUUCUGUUUUUCUUAAAUUCCCUUUUUCUGUUAUUACUCUUUUUUGUUAAUUUCUCUUUUUUUGUUAUUCUUUCUGUUUCUCUCUUUUCUGUUUUACCCCAUUUUUUUUCUGUUAUUACUCUCCUUUUCUGUUUUUACUUUCUUCUUUCUGUUUAUUACUCUCUUUUUCUGUUAUUCUCUCUUUUUUGUUAUUACUCUUCUGUUUUUUUAAACCUCUUCUUUUUUUUUUUUUUUUUUUUCCUUUUUGUUAAUUAACUCUUUUCUGUUAUUACCUAUUUUUUUUGUUAUUACUAUUUUCUGUUAUUACCUCUUUUCUGUUAUUACUCUUUUUCUGUUAUUACUCUUUUUCUGUUAUUACUCUUCUUUUUCUGUUAUUACUCCUUUUUCUGUUAUUACUCUUCUUUUCCCGUUAUUACUCCUUUUCUGUUAACCUUUUCUGUUUUACUCUUUCUUUCUGUUAUUACCCUUCUUUUUUUUUUUACUUCUUCUUUUCUGUUAUUACUCCUUUUCUGUUAUUAUCUCUUCUUUUCUGUUAUUAUCUUUUUUCUUUUUUUCUUUUUAUUACUCUUCUUUUCUGUUAUUAAAUCUCUUUUUUCUGUUAUUACAUAUUUUUCUUUCUUUUUUUUUUCUGUUUAUUAUUCCCCCUUUUUUUUUAUUAACUCUCCUUUUUUUUCUUCUCUGUUUUUGUUAUUACUUUUUUCUGUUAUUUCUUUUUUCGUUAUUACUCCUUUUUUUGUUAUUACUCUUCUUUUUUCUGUUAUUACUAUUUUUUUGUUUUUUCACUACUCUUUUUCUGUUAUUAUCUUUUCUUUUCUGUUAAAACUCCCCUUUUUUUCUGUUAUUACCCCUUCUUUUUCUGUUACUCCUUUUUUUUUUGUUAUUACUCUCUUUCUGUUUCUUUAUUACUCUCUCCUUUUUCUGUUAUUAAAUCUUUUUCUUUUUGUUUUUUAUUACUUCUUUUCUUUUACCUUUUUUGUUAUUACUCUUCUUUUCUGUUAUUACUUUUCUUUUUUGUUAUUACUCUUUUCUGUUAUUUCUCUUCUUUUUUGUUAUUACUUUCUCCUUCCUUUUUCUGUUAUUACUUUUUUCUGUUAUUAACUAUUUUCUUUUAUCUAUUUUUCUGUUUUUUACUCCUCUUUUUUGUUAUUACUCUUUUUCUGUUAUUACUCUUCUUUUCUGUUAUUACUCUUUUUCUUUAUUUCUUUUUUUUUUCGUUACUCUUUUUCUGAUUACUUUCCUUUCUUUAUUACUUUUUUUUCUGUUUAUACCUUUCUUUUUUUUUUUAUUACUCUUUUUGUUAUUAAUCUUCUUUUUUUUAUACUUUUCUUUUCUGUUUCUGUUAUUCUUUUCUGUUUUUUUCUGUUAUUACUCUCUUUUCUGUUUCUUUUCUUUCUCUUUUUCUGUUAGUCUCUUUUUUCUGUUAUUUCCUUUCUGUUAUUACUCUUCUUUUUCUGUUAUACUUUUUUCUGUUAUUCUUCUCUUUUCUGUUAUUCUCUUCUUUUUCUGUUUUUUCUUCUUUUUCUGUUUUCUUUUUUUCUGUUAUUUCUCUUCUUUUUUCUGUUAUUACUCUUUUUUUUUAUUACUCCUUUUGUUUAUUACUCUUUUUUCGUUUUACUUUUUCUGUUUUUACUUCUUUUUCUGUUAUCUCCCCUUUUUUUUUUAUUACUCUUUUUCUUUUACUUCUUUUUUCUGUUAUUACUCUUUUUCUGUUAUUACUCUUUUCUGUUUAUUCUCUUUUUCCCGUUUUCCUCUUUUUUCGUUAUUACUCCUUUUCCCGUUAUUACUCCCCUUUUCUGUUAUUCCUUCUUUUUCUUUAUUACUCUUUUCUGUUUUCCUCUUUUGUUUUUACUCUUCUUUUUCCUGUUUAUUACCUUUUUUCUGUUAUUACUAUUUUUCUGUUAUUACUCUUCUGUUUUAUUUUUCUGUUAUUUCUCUUCUUUUUCUGUUAUUACUCUUUUUCUGUUAUUACUCUCCUCUUUUCUGUUAUUACUCUUCUUUUCUGUUAUUACCCUUUUUUCUUUUUUUCUUUUCCUUUUUUUAUACCCUUUUUUUGUUAUUACUCUUUUCUGUUAUUUCUUUUCUGCCCUUUUUUGUAUACUCUUUUCUGGGCUGUUAUUACUUUCUUUUUGUUUUCUUUCUUUUUACUCUUCUUUUUCUGUUAUUAUCUUCUGUUUCUGUUAUGUCCUCUUUUUUGUUAUUACUCUCUUCUGUUUUCUCUUCUUUUCUGUUUUAACUUUCGAUUAUUCUUUUCUUUUUUCUUUUAUUUCUUUUUUCUGUUUAUUUUUCUCUCUCUUUUUCUGUUUUACUCUUUUCUUUUUCCUUCUCCUUUUCUGUUAUUACUCUUUUCUGUUUUACUCUUUUCUGUUUUACUCUCUUUUUUUCUGUUUAUUAUCUCUUUUUCUGUUAUUGACUUCUUUUUCUGUUAUUUCUUUUUCCUUUUCUCUUUUUUAUUACUCUUCUUUCUGUUUUAUUCUUUUCUGAUUUUGGUCUGUUUACUUUUCCCGUUAUUUCUCUUUUUUUCUGUUAUUACUCCCCUUUUUUCUUUAUUACUACUCCUUUCUCUUUUCUUUUUUCUGUUAUUACUCUUUUCUGUUAUUACUCUUCUUUUCUGUUAUUACUCUUUUUCUGUUAUUACUCUUUUUUCUGUUAUUACUCUUUUUUCUUUUUCUGUUAUUACUCUUUCUUUUUCUUUAUUACUUUCUUUUUCUGUUAAAUUUCUCUUCUUUUCGUUAUUACUUUCUUUUCUGUUAUUAACUCUUUUCUUACUCUUUUUUCUGUUUUACUCUUUUUUCUGUUAUUUACUUUCUUUUCGUUUUUUUUUUUUUCUGUUUUAUUCUCUUUUUCCCGUAUUAUCUUUUCUUUUUCUGUUUUUACUCCUCUUUUUUCUGUUAUUACUUCCUCUUUUCUGUUUUACUUCCUCUUUUUCCCGUUAUUACUUUUCGUUAUACCUUUUUUUCUGUUUUACCCCUUUUUCUGUUUUACUCUUCUUUUCUUUUUAUUACUCCUUUUCUGUUUCUUUUUCUUUUAAAUUCUUUUUUUUCUGUUAUUAUCUUUCUUUUUUUCUUUCUUUAUUACCCCUUUCUGUUAUUACUUUUUUCUGUUAUUUCUCUUUCUGUUAUUACUCUCUUAUUUUUCUGUUAUUUUAACUCUCUCUUUUUUCUGUUAUUAACUCCUUCUUUUCUGUUUUACUCUUCUUUCUGUUUAUACCUUCUUUUCUGUAUUACUCUUUUUUGAUUAUCUCUUUUGUUAAUUUUUCUGUUAUUCUCUUCUUUUUCUUUUUAUUACUCCUUCUUUUUCUGUUAUUACCUUUUCUUUUUUUCUGUUAUACUCUUUUUUGUUAUUACUUUUUUCUGUUAUUCUCUUUUUUUGUAUUCUUACUCUCUUUUUCUGUUUUACCUUUUUUCUUAUUUUUUUUUCUUAUUACUUUUUACCUCCUUUUUCUGUUAUUACUCUUUUCUGUUUAUCUCUUUUUCUGUUUAUUUUCCUUUUUCUGUUUAUUAUCAUUUUCUUGCCAUCUGUUAUUCCAUCUUUUGUUUUUACCUUUUUCUGUUAUUCUCUCUUUUGUUUUCUGUAUUACUUUCUUCUGUUUUCUUUUAUUACUUUCUGUUUAACUUUUUUCUGUUAUUAUCUUCUUUUUCCCGUAUUAAUCUCUUCUUUUCCCGUUUACUACUCCUUUUUUUUUUGUUUUUUUACUCUUUUUUUUUUACCCCUUUUCCCUUUUAUCUUUUUCUUUAUUACUUCCUUUUCUGUUUUAAUUUUUUUCUGUUUUUAUUUCUGUUAUACCUUUUUCCUGUUAUACUUUUCUUUUUAUCUUUUUCUGUUAAAAAACUCUUUCUUUUAUUACUCUCUUUCUGUAUUACCUUUUCUGUUAACAUUUCCGGAUUAUUCCUUUCCUCUUUCUGUUAUUACUCUUCUUUUCUGUUAUUCUCCUUUCUUUAUUACUCUUUCUGCCUUUUUUAUCACUCAACCCUUUUCUGUAUACCCUUCUGAUUUUCCUUUCCUUUUUCGUAUAUUCCCUUUUCUGUUUCUCUCUAACUUUAACUUCUUUUACGUUUGUUUCUUUUUCUGUUAUUAACUCUUUUUGUAAACUCUUUCUGUUUUUAACUAUUUGUCCUGUUCCCAAUUUUCGUGAGAUAUUUUCUUGAUUACCAUUUUCUGUAUCUUUUUUAUUUCCAUUCUUUUACCUUUCUGUCUUCGUUUCUUUCUACUCUUUCCUGUUUUUCAUUUUGGUUUUCACCAUUUUUUGUUUACAUUUUCUUGUACUCUCUCUUCUUAUACCCUUCUUUCGUUUAAACUCGUUUCCUUUUUUGUUUUUUUUUUUUUCUGAAAAUUUCUUUUUCUUUAUUUUUUUUUUUCGUUUUAUUUUUUCUUUUUUUCCUUUUUUUGUUUUAAAACCUUCCCUUUUUCGUUAACCUUUUUUUUUAUUUUUUUUUGUUAUUUAUUUUUUUUCUCUUUUUUGUUAUUAUCUUUUUCUGUUUAUUUCUAUUUUUUUUUUUUUUUGUUAAAAUUUUUUUUUUAAAUAUUUUCGUUUUCCUUUUUGUUAAUCCCCUUUUCCCUUUUUACCCGUUUCGUUUUUAAAUCCCCGAUUUCUUUUUUUUAACAAACCCAAAAAACCAAAAACUUGGAAAUUUUUCGGAUAAUCCCUGUUUUUUGUUAAAAUUUCCUUUUUUUAAACCCCCCCUUUGUUAAAAAUUUUUUUAAAAUUUUUUUUCUUUAUUUAAAAACCUUUUUUCGGGGAAAUUUUUUUUUUCGUUUUUACUCCCCUUUCCCCGGGGUUUUUUUUUUUUUUUUGUUUUCCCCACCCUUUUCUUUUGAUUUUCUUUGCUUUUUCGAACCCCCCCUUGGGGGAAUUUUUUUGGGACUUUUCUGUUUAUUUUUUCCCCAAAAUUAACUUUUUUGGGAAACCCUUUUUUUUUAAAAACCCCCCCUUUAAAAAAAUUUUUAACCCCGGGGGGUGAACCUUUUUUUCCCCAAAACCCUUUUUUUUACCUUUUCCUGCCCCCGGUUUCACAGGGUUUUUAAAAACCGGGGCCAGGGCCCCAUUUAAAGGAGCCCCCCCCCCCCCCCCCCCCCCCCCCCCCCCCCCCCCCCCCCCCCCCCCCCCCCCCCCCCCCCCCCCCCCCCCCCUUUUUUUUUUUUUUUUUUUUUUUUUUUUUUUUUUUUUUUUUUUUUUUUUUUUUUUUUUUUUUUUUUUUUUUUUUUUUUUUUUUUUUUUUUUUUAGAAAAACCCCCCCCCCAUGAAACCCCACCCCCGCCCCGGGGAAAGUAAAGGGUGUUUUUUUUUUAAAAAAACCAGUUUUUUCCCCGGGGUAAACCCUGGGGCCCCGGGGGAAAAAUCCCCACAAAAAAACCCCCAAAGCCGCCCCCCCCGGGGAACCGGGGGGGGGGGGGGGGGGGGGGGGGGGGGGGGGGGGGGGGGGGGGUUUUUUUUUUUUUUUUUUUUUUUUUUUUUUUUUUUUUUUUUGGAUUCCCCCCCCCCCCCAAAAAAAAAGGGGGGGGGCCCACGGGUGAAAAAAAUUUUAUAAUAUUACAUUGUUAUUGUUGUUGACAUUUAUUGUUGUGAUUGUUUCCCUCCCUAUUCCUCCCUGUUAAGUGUGUUGCUCUUGUGACAUGUCUGUGAAAUGUACUAUAAAUAAAUUAUGUUUUGUUUUUCAAGGUCAACUUCCACAACCACCUGGAGUCCCACAAGCUACUGGUCCGUCGCAGUGACAGAGACAUAACCUCUUCCCCAGAGUACCCAGAAUACAGCAGGACCACCACAGACUACCCAGAAUACAACGGGGCCACCCCAGAGUACCCAGAAUACAACAGGACCACCCCAGAAUACCCAGAAUACAACAGGACCUACACAGAGUACACCCGGCGUUACCACGAAGACAGCCAGCUAGGGUCUAACAAGCUGAUCCUGAGGGACAAGGAGUCCAAACUGCACCACUGUAAGUACUGUGACUAUGAGACUGCAGAGCAGGGGCUCCUCAACCGCCACCUACUGGCCGUUCACAGUAGGAACUUCGCCCACCUGUGCGUGGAGUGCGCUAAAGGCUUCCGUCACCCGUCAGAGCUCAAGAAGCACAUGCGGACCCACACGGGUGAGAAGCCGUACUGCUGCCCGCACUGUAACUUUCGCUGUGCAGACCAGUCCAACCUAAAGACUCACAUCAAGAGCAAGCACGGUGCAGACCUGCCUUUUAAGUGUGGCCACUGCCCCCAGGCCUACGCAGACGAGCGGGAGCUGCAGCUGCACACAGAGAUGGUGCAGGGCCACAGGACCCACCAGUGCCCCCACUGUGAACACAAGAGUACCAACUCCUCUGAUCUAAAACGCCACAUCAUAUCUGUUCACACUAAAGACUUCCCACACCAGUGUGACGUGUGUGAGAAGGGCUUCCACCGGCCCUCUGAGCUGAAGAAACACUCGGAGACGCACAAGGGCAACAAGGUGCACCAGUGCAGGCACUGUAACUUCACAACCUCUGACCCUUUCACCCUCAGCAGACACAUCCUGUCCGUUCACACCAAGGACCUCCCCUUUAAGUGUAAACGCUGCCGGCGAGGGUUCCGCCAGUCCACGGAGCUGAAGAAACACAUGAAGACCCACAGCGGGAGGAAGGUGUACCAGUGUCAGUACUGCGAGUACAACAGCCCGGACGCUUCGGGAUUCAAACGCCACGUGAUCUCGAUCCACACCAAGGAAUACCCCCACUGCUGUGGCUACUGUUCUAAAGGAUUCAGAAGGCCCUCGGAGAAGAGCCAGCACAUAGCCAGACAUCACAAAGACAUGCUGAUGGAACGUUGUUAA